AUGGGAUUGCAACACCUACUCCUCUUCCUGGUUUACAUGGACCCCCUGAGCCUGCUGGUGUGGGCAGGCAGGAACCGUAACAACAGGACGCUGGCCUCGUCCCCGCGGCGCCAAGGGGGCAACCCGGCGCCAGUCAAUACGACCGUGGUGGUGCCCGUCCUGCAAAUGAACAAGAUGAAGCCGCUGGUGCUGCAGCACUCCGAGAAAUGCCGGGGUCAUUACGACGUGGCCGGCCAGUGGGACCCCGACUUCGAAUGCAACAGGACUUCCUACAAUUACUGCUGUGGUACUUGUUACAUGCGCUACUGUUGCCAGGACAAGAACUACCGCCUGGAGCAGAAUGGCUGCAAAAACUACGUGACCCCCAAAGUGGAGAUUCAAGUUACCACCGACCCGGAUCUGGGCGAGUUGGAGAACGUGUACGACCCGAGCAAAGACAAGACCAACAGCACGGUCUACAUCACCUGCGGAGUCAUCGCCUUUGUGAUUAUCGCUGGCGUGUUCGCGAAAGUUGCGUACGACAAAGCCACACGGCCCCCUCGCGAAAUGAACGUGUCCAGGGCCUUGGCAGACAUUUUACGAAACCAGGGGCCGAUUCCAGUGCCACACUAUGAGAGAGAGAAUAUGACUGCAAUAGAUGGAUCGCCCAAGGAAAACUCGCCUGUUAGAACCUCCAAAAACCAUUUUACACCAGUGCGAACAUCCAAAGGCAAUCACGGGCUACACGGAAAAGAUUCAAGCAGCAGUCAUGGCUAUCGUAGUGGGGGACCAGACUUGCAUAACUUCAUUUCUUCAGGAUUUGUGACACUGGGACGAGGACAUCUCAAGGAAAAGCCUCGGAUGAACAGUAUUCUUACUUCUGCAACUGAACCAUAUGAUCUGUCUUUCUCAAGAUCCUACCAGAGUCUCUCACACCUUCCACCAUCUUAUGAAUCUGCAGUUAAAUCUGACAUAAGCAAGUAUUCUUCAAUAAAGCGGUUAAGUGAAAAGGAGAUUGACGAAUAUUACAUGAAAAGGCGACACCUUCCAGACUUGGCCGCAAGAGGAACCCUGCCUCUCCACAUUAUGAAAAUGAAUCAGGAACACAGUAACACCAGGGAGAGGCCUAGACGACCAGUGCGAGCAAUGUCACAGGACAGAGUCCUGUCUCCAGAGAGAGAUGUGCCUCAAGAAUGUGUCAUGACUUACGAGCGCAUCCUAUCUGAUGAACAACUGCUGUCAGCUGAACGUCUUCAGUCCCAGGACCCUCUGCUCUCUCCCGAUAAAGUUAUGUCCCUCAAACGCUCGGCGUUCCGUGAAAAGGCUAUGUCCAGGGCCUUGUCCCAGUCCCACACAGAUGUCUUUGUAUCCACGCCUGUCUUAGAUCGCUAUAAGAUGACAAAAAUGCACUCGCAUCCCAGUGCCUCAAACUCUUCUUACAAUACCUUAAAUAUAAAUCAAACAAACCACACUGCUGCUAAGCGACAUGCCUUUGCUUCACGUCGGCACAACACAGUGGAACAGCUCCACUAUAUCCCAGGACAUCACCGUAAUUACCAUACAGCCAGCAAAACAGAAGUAACUGUUUGA